GCGGCGGCGGCGGCACUGACAGCGCAGCAUCCCCGAGCCGCGAGUCCCGGCGGGGGCCGCGCAGCCACCGCACCUUGGCCCCGCCAGACCGCCUUGGCCGCGCCGGUGGAGCGGGGGGCACCGCCAGCCAUGACCGCGCCGCCGGAUCCCCGAGACGAGCUGCUGCCGCUGGCAGGCUCCGGGUCCCAGUGGCUCGGGGACCGGGGGGAGGGGGAGGACGAAGCGCUGACGGCGGCGGGGGCCAAGCCGGCGCCGCAGGCGGGGGAGCCCGGCCGGGGGUUGGGCGCCGGGGCCGGGGAAGCGGCGCCGCGGGAACUGGACUCGGGCCCCGCCCGGCCGCCGCCCGUUGCCAUGGAAACUGCAUCCACAGGUGCGGCAGAUGUCUCCAGGGCCGGGGAUCAUACCUUUUCAACAGCGUCAAAGGACAGGGAAGGAUCGUGUUACACUUCUCUGAUUUCCAACAUCUGUUACCCACCUCAGGAGGAUUCUACGUAUUUCACUGGAAUUCUUCAGAAGGAAAAUGGCCAAGUCACCACUUCGGAGAGCCCUGGGGAGUUGAGUACCCCAGAGCCCUCCUUACCAGAUGUGCCUGGGACAGAGCCUCGUGGCUUAUUUAGUUCUGAUUCUGGAAUAGAGAUGACUCCUGCAGAGUCCGUGGAAGUGAACAAAAUCUUAGCAGACCCCCUGGACCAGAUGAAAGCAGAAGCCUAUAAAUACAUUGACAUAACCAGGCCCAAGGAGCCGAAAUAUCAGGAGCAAUGUCACCCCGCACUGGAAGAGAAAGGCUCGGACUUUAAGACAAAGGACACUGGAAUCUUGACAAAAUCCGAAGAGGCUCGUGAACCAGAGAAACCAGUUCCUGUGGAGGGAAAAAUCCUCAAGGACCAUUUAUUUGAAGAAUCAACAUUUGCACCUUAUAUCGAUGAUCUCUCUGAAGAACAGCACAGCGCUCCUCUGAUCACUGCCCCUGUCAAAAUCACGCUGACUGAAAUCGAGCCUUCUGUUGAAACUGCGACCCAAGAGGAAACCCCUGAGAAGCAAGAUGUCUGUCUGAAACCAAGUCCUGACACGGUCCCCACAGUCACCGUCUCGGAGCCUGAAGAUGACAGCCCAGGAUCAGUCACACCCCCGUCUUCCGGGACAGAACCGUCUGCCGCAGAAUCCCAGGGGAAAUGCAGCAUCUCCGAGGAUGAGCUGAUCACUGCCAUUAAAGAAGCAAAGGGGUUGGCCUACGAAACAGCCGAGAGCCCGAGGCCAGCGGGCCCGGGGCCCCAGAGGCCCGAGGCCAAGGCCCGGUCCGGGCUGCCGACCCUCCCCAGCCCCCUGGACCACGAGGCCAGCAGCGCGGAGUCCGGGGACUCGGAGAUCGAGCUGGUGUCCGAGGACCCGCUGGCCGCCGAGGACGCGCUGCCCUCGGGCUAUGUGACCUUCGGCCACGUGGGCGGCCCGCCGCCGUCGCCCGCCUCGCCGUCCAUCCAGUACAGCAUCCUGAGGGAGGAGCGCGAGGCCGAGCUGGACAGCGAGCUCAUCAUCGAGUCGUGCGACGCGUCCUCCGCCUCGGAGGAGAGCCCCAAGCGGGAGCAGGACUCACCCCCGAUGAAGCCGGCCGCCCUGGACGCCAUCCGGGAGGAGCCGGGCUCCCGGGCCGAGGAGGGCACCGCCAGCCGGGGCGGCCAGGCCGAGCCCGGCCCCCUGCCCCGGUUCCCCUCGGCCGCCCCCCAGAGCCGCCCCGAGCUGCCCUCUGGGGACGGGGACGGAGCCCCAGCGCCGCCCGAGGGGCCCACUGCGCAGCGGGACCCUGCGGACCCGGGGAGUCCCAGCCAAAGCCCCAUGGCCACCAAGGGCCCCGAGCCGCCAGGUCCUGGCGUGGCACCCCCUCCGCUGUUCCUCAGUAAACAACAAGCUAUUGACCUGCUCUACUGGCGGGACAUCAAGCAGACCGGGAUCGUGUUCGGGAGCUUCCUGCUGCUGCUCUUCUCCCUGACCCAGUUCAGCGUCGUGAGCGUCGUGGCCUACCUGGCCCUGGCCGCACUCUCGGCCACCAUCAGUUUCCGCAUCUACAAGUCUGUUUUACAAGCGGUGCAGAAAACCGACGAGGGCCACCCUUUCAAGACCUACUUGGAGCUCGAGAUAACGCUUUCUCAGGAGCAGAUCCAGAAGUACACGGACUGCCUGCAGUUCUAUGUGAACAAUACACUGAAGGAACUGAGGAGGCUCUUCCUUGUCCAGGACCUGGUGGAUUCCUUAAAAUUUGCAGUCCUGAUGUGGCUCCUGACUUAUGUUGGCGCUCUCUUCAAUGGGCUGACCCUGCUGCUCAUGGCUGUGGUUUCAAUGUUUACUCUACCUGUAGUGUAUGUUAAGCACCAGGCACAGAUUGACCAAUAUCUGGGACUUGUGAGGACUCACAUAAAUGCUGUUGUGGCGAAGAUUCAGGCUAAAAUCCCAGGCGCUAAAAGGCAUGCUGAGUAAAUCGAUGUCCCACCGGGGAUUGGACACAAACCAGAAUGUCUGGAGUGGUAACAGCUCUUCUUACGUGUUACUGCAAAUUGAUUGUUUCUCCCCCCAAUACCGUAAUCUUAGAGACAAACUUUAAAACAGCUGUUUUUAGGCUGUUCCUGUACUCUUAGGAUAUUUGAGUCACUUGUGUCAAGCACUAAAGUAUAGAGAAAAGUGUAUUAGAUGUGGUUUUAAUUUUGUGUUGCUAAAAAAAAGUGCAUGAUGGUGAGAGCCCAACUUAUUUUCUCUUCUUCGGUGUUCUCCUCCUCCUCUCUGCAAUGCUUCUGUAGCUUCUAAUGUCCCCUGUGGCUAGGCCUUUCCCGCCGAGUGCACCAAUGCCGUAGUGGAAACCGCUUAUAUGUCCUUGGGUUGCUGGUUGGAUUCAUCUUUAAUAACAAUAUAUAGAAAUGUAGACUGAUGUUUUAGUGUUUUUCCAACACACAACAUAAAACUAAAAACAGUCGACCGUACUUCUGGUAAUCAGUUUUGUAUAACUUAAAAUAAUUAAAUAAAUGAAUAACCCCUCCCCCUCAAAAAAAAAAAAACAUGCAGUACUUUUGUUGUGUGGGACUGACAGGCUGAUUCACAUGUAUGGUAAAAAAAAAAAAAAGUACCAGCAUGUUAACUUUAUUACAAUUUGUAUUACUUUCUCUGUAGUUCCUAAUGGACUUAAUUAUGGACUCUGGAUAUUUGCACUUAUGUACUUGAUACUGAAUGCAUAAAUAAAUGUUACUAAAUGUAAAA